GUUAGUAAAUGGUGAAUUGUUAAAGAGUGAAUUAUUUAAGGGUCAAUGGUAAAGAGUUGGUUAUUUAAUUGUGAAUUAGUAAAGGGUGAAUUAUAAAAGCGUGGAUUAGUAAAGAGUGAAUUUUUAAAGGGUAAAGUAGUAAAGAGUGAGUUAUUAAAGGGUGAAUUAGUAAAGGGUGAAUUAUAUAAUUAAAGGGUGAAGUAGUAAAGAGUAGGUUGUUUAAGAGGGAAUUAGCAAACGGUGAAUUAUUAAAGCGUGGAUUAGUAAAGAGUGAAUUAUUAAAGUGUGAAUUAGUAAAGGGAAAAUAACUAAGAAAUGUCCGUAAAAGUGGAACUUGUUGGUUGAUAUAUCGGUGAAAUUGUGCGCAAUAGUCCAUAUCAUUAUUGUCACUUUUACUUUUGUUUAAAAACUACUGCCGGUUUCUACCAAUUUCAUGGAUGAGGAAAUAAAGUCCUAUUGUUCGAUCCGCCGUUGAUUUUUUCGGUAAAUACCGGGAUAUAAAUAGCGAGUUCUUCAGUUCGUUUUGAGUUACGAAAUUCGGCGAGCACACGAAAAUGGUUUACAAAAUCUCGAAGAUAUUGGCGGCUUUGGUCAUUUUUAAUGUCAUUUUCACGAGUAUGGCUUUUCCAACGCAUGGAGAGGAUCUCGAAGCUGCUGCCUCGGAUCAUGAACACCAUGGAAGAGUCCAAAUAAAAGUCUACCGAGGGCCUUCUGAGCAUAGCGGUCACGAUUAUUUCGCCCCAUGGGGAUAUUGGGUGAAACAACCCGCUGACCAUUAGAAACACCAAAGACUUUAGUUCCUGUUAAUCCUAUUUUAUAGUGUUUUGAAUAUAUUUU